AUGUCUGUCAAAGACGGUUCACGUUUUGACUUCAUCGUCGUUGGCGGUGGGACGGCCGGUAACAUUGUUGCUGCUCGUCUGGCCGAAAAUCCGAAUGCAAGAAUCCUAGUAGUCGAAGCUGGCAUAGGCAACUCCAUUGAAAAUGAAGAAAUUCGCACCCCCGGGUUGGCAAUGGAAAUCCGAGGCAGCGAGUACGACUGGGCGUACAAGACAACCAUGGUCAAGCGGGACGACUAUGAACGUAUUGAGAAGCCCAACACUCGCGGAAAAGCUCUCGGCGGUAGCUCUUCAUUGAACUAUUUUUCAUGGGUUCCAGGAUCCAAAGGCACCUUUGACAUGUGGGAGGAAUAUGGUGGUAAGGAAUGGACUUGGGGCCCUCUUGUUCCCUACCUUCGAAAGAGUGCUACCUAUCAUGACGAUGCUGGCCUGUACCCUAAGGAGUUGAAGAAGAUUGGCCUCGGUGGCCCUAUUCCAAUUGCACAUGCGGAGCUAAUGCCUGAAAUGGCACCUUUCCGGGAUCUUCUCGUUAAAGCAUGGAAAUCUACAGGGGAACCAGUCUCGGAAAACAUCUUCGAUGGGGAGAUGCGUGGUCUGGUCCACAGCGUCAAUACCAUAUACAAGGGUCGUCGAUCUGGUAGCUUCCUCGCCGUCGCAAACAAGACCAACAUUACAAUCUUGCCUCACGUUCACUCCAAGACUCUCAUCAUUGAUGACGCCGACCGCACUGCCAAGGGUGUAACUGUGAUUAGCGCAUCUGGACAAGAACUCAGCUUCUAUGCUACGCGCGAGGUCAUUGUCUCGGAAGGUGUUUUCGAAACCCCCAAGCUCUUAAUGCUUAGUGGUAUAGGACCUGCACCCGAGCUAGCCAAGCAUAACAUCCCUCUAUUGGUUGAUUCUCGUCAUGUCGGCCAACAUCUAUUGGACCAUCCAGGUGUUCCGUUUUGCCUCCGAAUCAAGGAUAGUUUCUCCAUGGACAAUCACGUCUUGCGGAAAGGUCCUUUGCAGGACCAAGUCUUGUCCGCUUAUUCUAAAGGUCGUCACGCUGGACCAAUGGGGUCCCCUUUCCUCGAGAUGAUCGGGUUUCCUCGCAUCGAUAAAUACUUGGAGAAGUCACCCGAAUAUCGCAAGGCAAAGAAUGCAAAUGGGGGCAAAGACCCAUUUUGCCCUUAUGGUCAACCUCAUUUCGAACUCGACUUUAUCCCCCUCUUUGGCAGUGCGUUCCAGUGGCACUUUCCACAUCCUGGAAAGGGUAGCUAUAUGACUGUUAUGGUGGAUCUUGUUCGGCCGGUCUCUGAGGGGGGCGAGGUGACACUGAACAGCGCUGAUCCUCUGCAGCAGGCUAAUAUCAAUCUGAACUAUUUUAAUAACGACUUGGAUAUUAUUGCUGUACGAGAAGGCAUUAGGUUCUCCUAUGACGUUCUUAAAAAUGGCGAGGGAUUUAAGGAUAUUGUUGAGGACGAAUAUCCUUGGGAGAUGCCACUUCAUGAUGACGAGGCUAUGAAGAGGACUGUUCUAGAUCGUUGCCAAACGUCUUUCCAUCCCUGUGGUACUGCUCGUUUGUCUAAGAGUAUCCAGCAGGGUGUAGUGGAUCCGAACCUCAAGGUUCAUGGUGUGAAGAAUCUUCGGGUUAUUGAUGCGUCUGUUAUUCCUGUCAUUCCGGACUGCAGAAUUCAGAAUUCGGUUUACAUGGUUGCCGAGAAGGGCGCUGAUGCGAUUAAGCGAGAUCAUGGAGAUCUCUAUCACUAA